CCGCUCAGCAGCCCACCCCCCGCGGCGGGCCGGGUCGGACCAGACCAGUCGCCGCUUGCUGGUCUCCGCGUUCCCGUCUCUCCCGCAGGUUUCGUUUCUGCUUCAAGUUCAACUUAGCGCGUGCGCAGUAGGAGACACUGGGAUCACAUCGCAGCAACCGCCGCCCGGAACUUCCGGUUUAGAAGGACGCCAUGGCAAGCCCAGGAAAAGAUAGUUAUAGAAUGAAGAGUUAUAAGAACAAUGCACUUAAUCCUCAAGAAAUGCGCAGACGGAGAGAAGAGGAUGGAAUCCAGCUUCGGAAACAAAAAAGAGAAGAACAAUUAUUUAAGCGCAGAAAUGUUUCUCUCUUGGGAAAUGAAGAGUCUAUGGUAGAAAGCCCCAUCCAGGAUCCUGAUAUCAGCUCUACUGUGCCUAUUCCAGAAGAAGAAGUUAUUACAGCAGAUAUGGUGCAGAUGAUUUUCUCAGAUGAUCCUGAUCAGCAGCUCACAGCAACACAAAAAUUUAGAAAACUGCUUUCUAAAGAGCCUAAUCCACCUAUAGAUGAAGUAAUACAGAAACAAGGAGUUGUGCAGAGGUUUGUGAAAUUUCUGGAGAGGAAUGAGAAUUGCACUCUACAAUUUGAAGCAGCUUGGGCUUUGACAAAUAUAGCAUCUGGAACUUUUCUACACACCAAAGUAGUAAUUGAGACUGGAGCUGUUCCAGUUUUUAUUAAGUUGCUUAAUUCAGAACAUGAAGAUGUACAGGAGCAGGCAGUGUGGGCUCUUGGUAAUAUUGCUGGUGACAAUGCAGAAUGCAGAGACUUUGUAUUAAACUGUGGAAUACUGCCACCACUAUUAGAAUUAUUAACAAAUUCAAAUAGACUUACUACAACUAGAAAUGCAGUCUGGGCUCUGUCAAAUCUCUGUAGAGGCAAGAAUCCACCUCCAGACUUUAGUAAGGUUGCUCCUUGCUUAAAUGUUUUAUCAAGACUGUUAUUUAGCAGUGACCCAGAUGUAUUAGCAGAUGCUUGUUGGGCCCUAUCUUACCUUUCAGAUGGACCCAAUGAUAAAAUACAAGCAGUUAUUGAUUCUGGAGUCUGUCGAAGAUUGGUGGAACUUCUUAUGCACAAUGAUUACAAGGUGGUGUCUCCUGCAUUAAGAGGAGUUGGAAAUAUUGUGACUGGUGAUGAUAUUCAAACACAGGUAAUUCUAAAUUGCUCUGCGUUACCCUGUCUCCUUCAUUUGCUGAGUAGUCCUAAAGAAUCCAUUCGAAAAGAAGCAUGCUGGACUGUUUCUAAUAUUACUGCAGGAAACAGAGCUCAGAUUCAGGCUGUUAUAGAUGCAAAUAUUUUCCCAAUAUUGAUUGACAUUCUUCAGAAAGCUGAAUUUCGCACCAGAAAAGAAGCAGCAUGGGCUAUCACUAAUGCAACAUCAGGAGGUACUCCUGAACAAAUAAGGUAUUUGGUAGCAUUAGGUUGUACUAAACCUCUUUGUGACCUCCUGACUGUGAUGGAUUCCAAAAUAGUGCAGGUUGCUUUGAAUGGACUUGAAAAUAUUCUGCGUCUUGGAGAGCAAGAAUCCAAGCAAAAUGGAAUCGGCGUUAAUCCCUACUGUGCCCUUAUAGAGGAAGCAUAUGGACUGGAUAAAAUUGAAUUUCUGCAAAGACAUGAAAACCAAGAGAUCUACCAAAAGGCUUUUGAACUUAUAGAACAUUACUUUGGUGUGGAAGAAGAGGAUAGCAGUAUUGUACCUCAGGUGGAUGAAAGUCAGCAGCAAUUUGUGUUUCAGCAGCAGGAAGCUCCAAUGGAAGGAUUCCAGCUAUAAUUUGUCAAAUGAAGACAAGGCAAAAAUAUAAAUAUUUAUAACUUUUCAGGGGUUUCCUCUCUUUUGGCCAAACUUAGAUGAGAGAUUUGAAUGUGUUAUGCAGAAGAGACAGGUAAAGAAGCAGCCCAUGCACUUUUAUACUGUUCUGUUAGAUAUAACUUUUCAUUCAUUGUUUGUUUGGGGUUUUUUGUAUUUCAUAUGUUCAGAAACUAACUCUGUGAGUAAUCAAGUCUAAUAUUAAGGCUUAUGUGAUUUAUCAAGAAUGGGUAAGCUUGAAUAAUAACUUCAGUAGGAUUUUAGGUAGUGGUUCUGAAUUUUUCAUGCAGUUUCUGCACCUGCACUGUAGCUGUUGGCAGUUGCAUUUUCGCAGUAAACUUGACAAGUCCAAUCUUGUAUCAAAUCUACCUCUAUAUUGCAGCAAAAAAGUUGCUUCAGAACUAAAGCAUGAAAUAAAGAUGAGCUUGUCAAAAGCUAAAUUUAGAAUGUGAAAAAUAUUUAUUUAAAUUGUGAAAUGUAGCUUUAUGCAUUAUGCUUUGCAACAAACCAGUAAACCAUAUUUAUGAAACAUAUUUAAAAGCAUAAUGCAGAUUUUUAUUUAAGUAUAUUAUGCUUAAAUAUCAGAUGUAGCUUUGAAUGUGACAAAAAAGCUGUUCUGCAUUAUGUGGUUUUCAAAUUGUAAUCAGCAGUGAGCUGGCUGGUUACGUGAUGCUGGCUUCUUAUACCAAGCUGCUAAAACAGCAUUAAAGGUAAGCCACAAAUAAUGCUAUGUAAGCAAUUGCUGAAGUUGCCACAGGGAUAUUGUGAUUAUAAUUGGGAAAGGAGGUGAUUUGUCAAAUUGUAAAUGAGUCGCAUAAAACCAUCUACCCAAUCUCCAUAUUAAUAUCUGGUACCAAUAUAAAAAUUUGAAAAAUCUUGCUAUAUUUGCCUUUCUUAAAACAUUUACUUAUUUAAACAAAAUUUAGAUUGUAUCUAUGUAUUGUAUUGUUAACCAAAUAUGCUACUACUUUUUGAUUUUUUUUUUUUAAGUCCAAUGUUUUCAUUUUCUUUAUUUUAGGCAAGGCUAUAGAAAUGUGCCCUGUUACAAUCCAUAUUGUUGCUGCAGUUGGGGGAGAAACUAUUUUCUCCAUUUGAUUGAAUGAAAAAGGUUUGCUGUGUUGUAAAUAUUGACUAAUGAACAUGAAAAUUAAUCUGAAAAUAUCUGUUAAAUAUUUGUUCCAAAACACCUAGUCUUUUUUGCUAUUGCCCACUAAAAGAAAUAAUUAAGAAUUUAAAACAAUUCUUCUAUAUGCUUUGAAAAACUACACUAGGUAUUUUUUGUACAUUUAGAAAGUCACUGCUUGUCUCACGUACCAGUAACCAGUCUGAAUUUGAAUUAAGGAAAGUAUUAUUGUUAAACGUUAGUCAUAUGUUGUGUUGAAAUAAUAGUGAAAACUUCUUUGACCUAUUAAAUUAUUUAAACCAUGUACAAUAGUUGAAAUUUUGAGAGUUAAAAUAACUCUUCCCAUUUUAGUGUGCCUGUCACGAAACAUGUUGAUACACUGAGAGAUCCAGAUCACAGCAUGGUAUCAUUUAUAUACUAUUCUGGAUUUUAACUUGUUUAUAAAAUGUGCAAAUACUAUUUUCAUUUACCAUGUAUAAUGUGUUUUACUUUGGGAAUAUUAAAGCACUGUAUGUUGCAUAGUAGUUUCAAGGGGAGAAUUGAAACAGCUUUGAAGAUACUAACAACUGACUGUGUCAGUAGCAAGAUACAAUUUAAAAAUUGCAUCCUUAUUUGAAUUUUUUCUCCUGAAAAUAAAAGGUAUGCUAUGAGGAAAAGAGUGAAUAUAGGAGUACUGUUGUUUUGCAAAUUCUGUAUAACAAAAGAUUUAUCAAACACUUUGAACCUAGAUUGUACAGAAUACAGCAAGUUUGUAUAGUGUACACAAUGCUCAGCCAAUUUUU